AUGGAUGCUAUUGAGAGAGAGAAGAAUCGUAUGGUUCAUGACUUUCAGCACGACGACCAGUUAUCUGCGGCAGAGUUGCGAUUGAGAUACGAGCUGGAUGAGAGGUGCAAAUCUACAAAGCCGGUGCGUAUUAAUGAGCUUGUCAUUGAAGAUUACUAUUCCGAAACGCGAUCGUUCGACAAUUAUGCAGAUGAGUCCGCAGGGGCAUUUCUGAUGGAGCCUUUACCGAAUGACGACAACCCGCAAGGGGCAACAGCAGGAGGCGCUCCUUGGUUUUCCUCGCCAGUUGGCAGCGCACCAAAUUACUCGAUACCAUUGGAUUCUACUUCUGAAAAAUCAGCAGUGCCUUACAACGGGCAAGCAACGCGGUGGCUUGCGUCCGAUGGAAGUACUGGUAUCGCCGGCGAAGGCGAAGAAUGUGCGCCUGGAAGCAGAGUGUCCGGGAUAGAGCCUUCUUUGUUUGAGCCAGUGGGAGAGAAGUUAUACGUACCACCAUCCGCACAACACAUGAGCCCACGAGCAAGCGCUGGAAAUACAACCGGGAUCUGCGGUAAUGCUGGCGCUGCAAACGUUGUUGAUGAUAUUGAUUUCGAUGUAGACCAGUUGUCGAUUGGCGCGUAUCCUGCUGCGUCGAGCAACUGGUGGGGUAUGCAGAACCGACUGGAUGACGUUGAAUUAAGUGACCUUCAAACCGAAGAGACCACAUCGUCGUUCUCGCAUCGGAUGGAUCUCCUGGAGGAGAAACGAGUCGACCAUCAGGCAUCAGCGGAAGUAGAAAAAGAGCAAGUGGAUGGUGCAAAUCUUAAAGGUGUUUAUUGUGGUGCCAUGUCGAUGUCGAUUGUCGGUGCCGGUGAGGACGAAGGCAAAGAAAUUGAACUAGAUUUUGCGCUUGACAGCAAUCUUCAGUCGCGGCUCAACCAGCUGCUAGACAUGGAAUCGAACAGCGAUUGUGGGACUGGAGAUCAGGGCAGUGACGAUCGCGGAAGUGAUACAUACCAGAAUGAGUCAGCGUACCAGCGAUCGGGUAGAGUCGAACAGCAGCAUGGCUUCUCCGUGGCAUCGCGUCCUUGUGCUAUUCCGACCCGAGGGGCAUCUAUUUCGUCGACUAGCAGCCACCAGGAGGACCCCUCAUCAUUUCGCAGUCCGACGAUCUCACCGCCAGACCAGCCUACGGCACGCUGGUUCUACGAUGAUCGGCGGUUCGAGGAUGGUAGUCUCCCCAUGUCUGGCCCACCGUCGCGAAUUUAUCCGCACCACGUCGAAAUACCUAUAGGUGGAUCAGCGACAUCCUUGUCGUUUGGUGAAAAAGAAUGUGAAGAUGCUAUAAGAUCCAUUGCGCGUGAAAAUACGGCUCGAAAAGUGGAGGCACCGCCUCCGAUCGUCGUACGGCAUGUGCUGCUGCGUAACCUCAAUGUUCGUGUGCGAUUUUUUGGUGGAUGCGACUGGACACGCGAUGUCGGCGAAGCUGCCAAGCUCCACCCUCGAAAAGAUGUGCACUCCACGGCAGAAAAGAUGCGACCACUGGGUAGUGCUACUGCCAGGAAGGAGAAACUCUUGGAUGCGUUGUUGGACAAUUAUGUUCCUUCGGAUGGUGGUGAUCUUUUUGGCGAUGAAAGCAGCUCGCCUCUGUUCGACUGCACAAAAAGCGCACCUAGUGCAUCCUAUAUGAAGCGUGAUCCUGCAGCAAGAACGACGCGUGCUGCAUUAAGUGGUCGCUCCCAUCAAUCGCGAAAGCGCGUGUUAAAAAAGAGCAGUCGGAAGACCGAGGAAAUGCUCGAGUUGGUGGUGACUCAGAUCCAGUUCCGUCUGGACAUGUUUAAUGAAGCGGAGGCCCAGUCGCUGGCAUCUCACUCUGUGCUGGCACUAGGUGAUGUGGAACUGCUCGAUUACAUCUCCACAUCGCAGAUCCGCAAGAUUGUGUGCUACUGGAAGUCAGAAGCGACGCACCCACGUGAAAGUGGUAGCUCGAUGGUGCGGUUGCAGCUGACGUCCAUCCGGCCUGGUGCGAACUUGUGCGAAGAACACCGACUGAAGGCUCGUUUGCUGCCACUGCGCAUCAAUCUCGAUCAGGAAGUUGUGAAGUUCUUGCGGCAGUUUGUGCCAGUUGAGGAUCCGUUGGCUCCGAAAUCGCCAUUCUCAGUACGGCAACAGGUUGAGGGUGCGGAGGAUGAUGCUGAAAUGCCGAUGCGCGAGCACGGGGUGGAGUUAAAACCAAUUGGUGAGAGUUUGCCUGCGCUGGAGACGAAUGUUCGCGUAGGUGCGUGGUUCUUCCAGAGCAUCGACAUUAAGCCAUGCAAGAUCAAGAUUGAUUACCGGCCUAAUCAUGUCGAUUACGCGGCACUUCGUGCUGGUGACUACCUAGAAGUGAUCAACUUGUUUGUGCUGGAGGGCAUGGAACUGCUGCUUCGACGAGUGCAAAUGAGCGGACUGGAUGGAUGGACUGCUUUGGGCGAGCACGUACUCGUGUCGUGGGUACAAGACAUUUCGCGACAUCAGAUCCACAAGUGUGUUGCAAGUGUGUCCAUGCCUCCUCUGCGUCCAUUUGUGAACAUUGGCGCAGGUGCUGCCGACCUCAUCUUGCUCCCAAUGGAGCACUACGGACGCGACCGACGACUGGUACGAGGAAUGAAGAAGGGUGCGUCGAGUUUCCUGAGGUCCGUGACGAUUGAGACACUCAAUACUGCUUCAAAGGUGGCUCGAGGUACCCAAGCAUUACUAGAGCACGCCGACGACGUGAUGUCCUCGUCGUCAGCCUUACGUCGCAAACAGCUGAAGUAUCGACAGGCUGGUAGUCGUAUCGCUCGCAACUCGCGACGGUUGGGUGGUGGCGGUAUCCGCAAUGCACAGGACACGGGUGGAGGUAUCGGAGGUCGCCAGUAUCUGACACAACAGCCAGCAACUGCCGCGGAGGGUUUCGGUCAAGCAUACGACUCUCUUGCACGUGAGCUGCACGUAGCUGCCAAGACUAUUGUGGCUGUGCCACUUAUUGAGUACAAGAAGACGGGCUCGCAGGGCUACGUGCGAUCAGUGAUCCGAGCUGUGCCCGUGGCAGUGCUACGUCCGAUGAUUGGUGCGUCUGAGGCUAUGGCAAAGGCGCUGAUCGGCGUGCGCAAUGCUGUGGAUCCAGAGCUUAAAGAAGACAUUGAGAACAAGUUCAAGGACUUCCGGGCGAUUUGA